AGCAACGAAGAGACACCGCCGCCAGUAGCUCCCAGGCAGUGACUUCGCGUGUAGCGUGUACCGGGCGACCUGCAACGCCCGCACCGUGUGUUAUGUCAUCGAUGACAAUUCCAAGACGCGGUGCUCCAAAUUCGUACGGGUGUGAAUAAACGUGAGUGAUCGAGGGUAUAAAGUGAAUACGUGGCGGGUGUUUCGCCGCGGACAGAACGUACGGAUUGCGGAUUGCUUGAUCGUUCGCCAAGUUCGCACCCCAAUUCAAUCUCUGCGAUUCCUCCGAACGUUGCCCGGUACGUUUACUUUCCUCGUGGUCCCUCGCGUUUCUCGAAGGGAACACCUCGCGCACUUGCGAAGGCAAGUAGUUACAGCUAGACCGUAACAGCGAGAAAGACUCGUUAUCUGCCCGAUGGGUCAAACUUGGUGCUCAGCGGUAGCGAGCUCGUGCGAAUCGACGCGCCGCAGUGACGAGUUUUGAUGAGGAUCGACGCCCGCGCCCGUGUCGCACUCGCGUAUCCCUGUUCGGCGGCGCAACGUCAGCGGUAUCACAGUUCGAUAGCCGGCUAGGACGCCGGCGACCUCGUCAGCGUUAGCGGCGUCGACGGUGCGACCGAAUCCAGAAUCGGGUGCCGCAGACGUCGACGAGCUAGCAGCCGCGUCGGAACGAUAACGACGAAGCGUACGUGGUGAUCGCUACAUCCGCGUGCGUCAGGACACGUUUGGUCCCGGAUCGGCGGAAGCUUCGUUCCGGGUCGACAAUGGCGCGGUGGCCUUGAGGAUCGAUCGCGCGGGAGCGAGUCGGGUGAACGGUCGGGGUUUCGGUCUGGCGCGAUUGAAUCCGCGCGAUCCACACGCCGCGCGAUCGCUUCGCGCGCGCCUACCGGGUGUCUACGAUGCGCGGAACGGUAAUCGGGCGAACGCGUCGUGAUCAUCGCAUCGAAGAGGUACGCCGUCGUGACGUGCGGAUACGCGAACGGAAGUAUGUGAAUUACCAGACUAAAACAUACACGUAGGCAGGUUGCGCGCGCGCGCGUGAGCGCAAAGAAAAUCGCGUGUCGCAUUACGCGGUGGUUGCAACAAUCCGAUAACGGUCGCCGGUCAUCAUCGCCAAAGUCGCCGUCGAUCGAUCGCCAGUCAAGAGACCGGAAGGACGAUCCCGUCGGACGAGAGAGACAGAGUAAUCACCGUUCGUUGAAUGGAGUAAUGAGCGGGGCCCCUGCGCGGGGCACAGUGCCCCGUCGUCAAAGACGCCAUCAUCAUCACCAUCAUCACCACCAUCAUCAACAGAAGCAUCAGAAGCGCGUCCGAGACGAAGCGCCGCGGGGCGAGACGCAGGACGAGCCCGAGGAGAAGCGACCGAAGGUCAACCCGAUCUUCUUGUGGGCGUCGCAGCGUGAGCAGAAGAUCAUCGAGGUGAGAUGCGAGGAUUACGACAAACGUAAUCGUAUCAAGCUCACCAAGACCGCGCAAGGAUGGCGUUCGAUACCGCGCACCACGUCAAACGUGUACACGAUUGCCCCGGCCGCCGCCUGCAAAAAGACGCCGGCGUCGAGCAUGGUCGACACGUCGCCGGCCUCCUCGGUUUCGUCCAACGACGAGAAGGAGAACGGCAAACGAUGCCUCCAAGAGCCGGCGAGUGCGACGGCGAGCUCCCUUCGAUGCCAUCCGCGAAUAUAUUCGUCGAACGGCACGACGAACGGUUUGCUUACUGGCGAAGACACAGGCAAAAAGAGGCGAGGUUACGAUGAAGAGACGAAUCGACGAGGAUAUUCCUCUCCCUUGGAAGACAAGAUUAAGGAUGACGUAAGCGCAGAAGAAAAUAAAAGUAAAAAAGAUAAGAAUCACGAGCAGAACAAACCAAAGGAUCGUCUGUCCAGCUUGAAGAUUAAGAAUAGCUUGAAUGGCUGGAUCGACCUGGAGAGACUGCAGAUGGACAAGCUAUUCCAGCCGCGCGUCGUGCUGGAAUUGCUGCAACUGUCGCAACUCCCCGAGAGCGCGCAUCAAAAUGUCGUUCGCCACGCGAAAAAUAAGGACGCGACGGCAAAUGAAGCGAAACGGAUAGAGAAAAAUAAUGAGCGGAAUGAAAAUAACACUGAAGAGGAUGAGGAGGAAAGGGAGGAAGAAAUGGACGAGAUAGAGGAGGAAGAGGAGGAGGAGGAAGAGGAGGAGGAGGAGGAGGAGGAGGAGGAGGAGGAGGAGGAAGAGGAGCAAGAGAACAGCGAGAAAUCCAGUCGGAUGAACAAGGCGGGUAUUCAGGACAUAUUGAAUAUGAUAGACGCCACGGCCUCGCCCGUUCUCGCCACUGAUACUCCUAGUGCCGAUCUGCCUACAGAUUCCACCAAGACUUACGAGGUCCUCGACGAGAAACAAUCCGCUGAAAGAGAGCAGAACGUGGAGCCCGACGACAUAAAGGAUCGAACGAGGAGCGUAUCCAGUUACGAGACUGAGAUUGUCGACCAAGACGGCGAGCUCGAUGAUAAGCUGGAGGUACACGAGGAGAAGGUCCUGGAGGGUUUGCCUUGCUAUCUGCAGGACAUGGAAGGCAAGAAGACCCGGGUGGAGGAUGAUCUUCUUUCGUUGAAGAGUAACGCCGACGUUACUGAAGAGACGACUCCGAGUUCCUGCAAAGUCGCCGAGGCUGACGGCGGUUUCGUCGAUCGACCGAAAUGCGGAUCGGACUCCAUCGUCACGUGGCAGCCGAGCAUACCGACCGAGGAAGAGGAAGCGCCAGACGAACCCGGCGAACCGUUGAAGCUCAAUUACGACAGCUCGAAGCUCCUCGACGCCCUAAGGAAUACGCCGGGACUCUCGGUGUCCAUAAUGAGGAACCAUACGCCUGAGAUCGGUAAGAUUGUGCCGCCUGCGAGACCACCCUCAAAGGCGUCCUCGUCGAGCAGAUCGCCGGAUUCUCAAGCGGAAUGCGUCGAGAAACUAUUGAAGAACGCGAACGGCUUCGAUCGCGAUGGCUCGUCUCGCAAUCUGUCAGGUCAAUCGAUUGUUAUACCGAGUUACAAAAAUAUCUCCGGUCAGCUAACAACAUCACCGAGCACGAAGCAUCGCGUCGAAUCGCCCGAGAGCACCGUUAGCUUCAACAAAGUUGACGUGUAUCCGGAGGAAAUAAAGAUGAACGAGUUUCCUCACGAGGAGGACGGAGAUGAGGAGGAGGACGAGGACGAUUGCGACUCGCAAGUUCUGGAAGACCUUAGACAGCAGAAGACGGAUUCACUUGCGUACGACGGUAUCGACGCGGAUUACUACAACGGGCACAGUACCAAUAACAAUCAGGAGGAUGCCAAGGAUCGCAAAACCCCGCUGGAAAAUGCGAAGAGCGAUUCUGCCUGGCUCGGCUCUGGUAGAAAUAGCGAGGCGCAGGCCAAGGAUAAAUAUCAGGACCUCGAGCACUUCGAUGAGCAGAUCCUGAAGGAGCUACGAUCGCGCGGCACCGUGGUGGUCUCGCCGCAGCCCAGCGGAAUUCCUUCUUCUCCCGCGUCUAGAAGACCAUCGUCGACAUAUCUCGAGAGAUUGCUCCCUAGUCCGCCAUGUUCGGUGUCCUGCUCGGAGGAUGCCAAGAGCGAAUUGACGCUCAAAAAUAUCCUGGCUUCAUCCAGCUGCGCGGAUCCACGGGAUUACGAGAAGACGAAGGGAGUGCCAGUUCGCUCCGAUCAAAACGUCGUCGAUCAGCCUACCUCCCGACUCAUGCAUUCGAGCAUCGACAGAAACGCGAGAACGACUAAUCAGCGCAGCUUCCAGGAACGUCUGAACAUUCACAAUCAAGAGGUGAGAAAUUCCGGCAGGCCAAUGUCCAGCGGCGUCAUCCGUAGUGCCUAUUACGGAACGACAGAACGCGCCGCGCCUAAGAGACCGAUGUCUGCCGAGUGGCAACCGAUGACCGAGCAGCAGCAAAGGAAUCACGCCGCCUAUUACCGAAAGACCGUCAUCAGAAUGAAGGGCCAUUUCGCUAAUCAAGAUCAAAUCACCUGCGCCAGCAGCACGGAGAAACUCUGGGAUCCGGCCAGACAGCUCCGCGAACUGAUCGAGACUGUCGGCCAUCUGAUCCCCGAUCCUCUCCUAGUACCUCGCGACUAUUUGCCAGACUUGGCUGCUGCGCCAGCAACAGAGAUACCGAAGUUACUGGCCAGCAGGCCCGAACUCAGGCUACCCGAGGCUCUUACCAGGCCCGAUCUUCUUCGUGAUCCCGAUCUGCUCGUAAUAUCGCUGGCGCAUUUACAGCAUGUGUUGGACCAUGGCGAAGGCCCGGUUUCCAGAUCGCGGCACUCGCAGCCGCAGCAACCUAGAACCACCGUUAACGGCGCCAUUAACAAAAGAUCGUCCGGUUCAGCGAACAGCAACGGCCUGAGAGGCAACGGGCUCACCAUUGCUGCUGGCAGACCCAAACUCAGUUGCAAGCCGAUCUGCACGUUGAUGCCCACGACGCAGCCCAUAGACUUAUCGAACGGCGGCCGAUCGCGCAUCAACCCCUAUUCGCCCUUGCUCAGAGUGCGCAAUGGACUGCUCAAGCAAGAACCGGAAGUGAGCUCUACCGCGAGCUCGCCGGACGAAUCGCAACUAUGGCAUCCGUUGUUUGGCAGCCAGAAGAGGCAGCAGCAGCAACGACAGCAGCAACAGCAACAGCAACGACAGCAGCAACAGCAGCCGUCGCAGCAACAACACGCCUCCUGGCACAGGACUACUCUCGCCUCUUGACCAUCGUGUCCUUGACCUUGUUUACGAAGUUCAGUGAUUCGAAAAGCUUGAAGAAGAAAAGAAAGGAACCGCGAGAUGUACGAGAAACGCCGCGACGCCGCACUUCUUACGCGGUUUCGGCUACUCGCCGAAGGCUGCUCACGCAGCGAGGCGGAGAAAUGUCGGAUGAAGAAACGCCGGCCGUCGAGGAGGACUUUCGCGGAAUGACCGCUGCACGACACCCGCAGAAGCGUGCCCUUCCCCUUCGCGGUGGUGUAGUCGAGGCGGUCGAAUCGAUUCCGUUCGUACAUUUUAUUUUAACCCGUCGUUAGUCGCCCGUUAUACCUAUUCGCAUAAAUUCCUCAUAUAAAGGAAAAUAACAAUGAUAAUCUCAAAGCCUGUACUUCAUCGAGAAGAGCAUUGAAUAAGGUUGCAUUUAAGAUUACAUUUAAAGUUAUACGAUAAUUUUUUUACGCAUGUCACUAGUAAAGUAAUGAAGAAUGAGAUAAGAUAUGUACGAGCGAGACUGACGGCGUAGUUAAAAGAUUAAUUGCGACACGUAAUCUUAGGAAAACUCGAUGAACAUUCGUAAAUUAUAUAAAGGCGUAAAAUCAUGUGAUAAAAUCAUACGCGAAUGUAGGCGAUAAUUGAUUAAUACGAGUAGAUUAGAGGUAAUGUAUUUUUUGACUGAGGAACUCGGCAAACUUCUUAGCAAGUUUCGAGUCCGAAGACUAUAUUUUUCUGUUGGAAUUUUGUACUGACAAAAAGACGUAUUCUCAUAUCUGUGCAGAACUAAUGCCAAGCCGUCUACUAGGACCAGUCACUAGUAUAAACAAAAAGUGUGCACAUCAAACGUGCAAUUAUGCACAAUUAUGCAGCAAGAAUUGAUUAUGAUAAAAUUGAAGAUCAGAGCUCCGAUUAGUUUGUCAUAAUACGCAAUUAUAACGGAAACAAGAAAAAAAAUUAUCUCGUUGAUGUGGACUCGUUGAUGUGAUGUUUUUGUAAGACUACACCACUGCUUCUACGAUAUAAACUCUUCGCGGUUUUCUCUCUCAUCGUCACAACCCCGUAGAGACCCUUGACACAAGUGCAAUGACAUGCGGACGCCGUGAUGAGGCUUCUCUGUUUCGUAUAUAUUAUCUGUUUCAAUAAGUAAAGCUAAAGUUUACCUGUUAUUAAUUAUUUAGGUGUGAAUUUUUGUAAUGGAACUGUGUGAGAGGUAGAUCACGUAAUCUAAUUUCUCGGGAAAGUAGAGAUUACAGGACUCUCUCUAAGAAUCAAUAAUCAAAUUUGUUCAUUAUAGAUACAGUUUUAUAUUUAAAAUUGUAUUCAAUUGUACAAUAAUUUAGUGCAAUUUAUUUUGCUCGCUAAUUGUUAUCGUUCUGAUUGUUAUUUUGUACAGUCCGUUAUCCACUCACCGUUGAUGUACUCGUACUAUAUGUAUAUUCGUGUAAUAUUUUUCAUUUUUGCCCGUCACGGCGAUCGUAGCUAAUAAUCUGCCGAUCCCGGCGUAGUAGAAAUUAUAGUGCGUCACGAUUAAAUAUUUAUAUCCACGACUUACGAGCCAAGUUUACACAAGCAGCGAUUAUUUUCCAUCUGCGCAAUUAAUGACGAUGCGUUUUAGGCUCUUCGCGCACCGACAGUUUGAUCCUCCGCGUUUAAUUUCCAUCGUAAAAUUCCGUUAAAAAUUUUGUGAAACGCCGAAUGUUAAAACGGCAAACGCGCUAAAAAUCUAUCGAUGCAAUUCUCAGUUUUACGAAAAAAAAAAAAAUUAAAUUAACAUUUAUUUCGGUCGGCGUUUUUGUUCUUAUUUGUCAAUUUAAUUCGCAAACAUUACUUCCUCGUAUUGCCUCAUGAUAACGCACUCAUGAAAGAAAAAUAAUUCUCAAUCGCUUACGGACAAUGUUUACUUAGAUACAGAACAAAUAUUAUGUGCGCCUUUAUGUCACGCGAUAGCGCGACGAAAUUUACGAUUUUAGAAGCAGUCACAUAUGUUUUGUAAGGCCACGUCGACUGAAUUUAUAUCGCGAAAAAUUCGGGAUAAAUUUGAGAAUUUGCGAUAAUGCAAUUAUUUCAAAUGCGGUUUGUCUAUUGUCUAGUUUAUUCCGGCUAGAAAUAUUGUAGACAAUUAAAGUGGAUCAAACUGAUUAUUUGAAUCACUAUUAUAUAUAUAAUAUGCAAGCGGCUAUUUCCGUCGAGCGCUGGAAAAUCUCAAAGACACAUUAAUCGGAGACGCGCCAUUUCGAGGACAGUCACGUCUUAUUCUGAUGAUCAUUUAUUAACAUACAGUCCUUAUCUAAUACCAUUGAUCGCAUUGAAAUGAAAUUCGACGUAGGAUGGAAGAUCUGCUAUUGCUGGUGUAAACUCGGCGAUUACGUCGACAGACUAAGCGCAUUGAUCCUUUGCAAUCCGGCAGAUAUACCGUACAACGAUUCGUUUUUCGCCAAGAAGGCGUCAAUAAUUUUUGACAGAUCGCUUAAUUGUUCAUAUGUUACGUAUGUAUGUAUCUUAUAUGUAUUUCUCAGUGUUAAUUUCCAUAAAAGUAUCUGAAAAGGCAAGGAUUGAAGGGAUUGAAGCGCAAGGAAAAAAAAACAAAAGGAAAAAAAAAGAAAAAA